AUGCAAAUUUUUGUAAAAACUCUUACUGGUAAGACCAUCACCUUGGAGGUUGAAGGAUCUGAUACCAUUGAAAAUGUAAAGGCUAAGAUUCAAGACAAGGAAGGUAUCCCACCUGAUCAACAACGUCUUAUCUUUGCUGGAAAGCAAUUAGAAGACGGUCGCACUUUAUCCGACUAUAACAUUCAAAAGGAGUCAACCCUUCACUUGGUCCUCCGUCUCCGUGGUGGUAUGCAAAUCUUUGUCAAGACCCUCACUGGCAAGACAAUCACCCUCGAAGUCGAAGGAUCCGACACUAUCGAAAAUGUCAAGGCCAAGAUCCAAGACAAGGAAGGUAUUCCACCUGAUCAACAAAGAUUAAUCUUUGCAGGUAAACAAUUAGAAGACGGACGUACUCUUUCCGAUUAUAACAUCCAAAAGGAAUCAACUCUCCAUCUCGUCCUCCGUCUCCGUGGUGGUAUGCAAAUUUUCGUCAAGACCCUCACUGGUAAAACUAUCACUUUGGAAGUGGAAGGAUCCGAUACCAUUGAAAACGUAAAGGCCAAGAUUCAAGACAAGGAAGGUAUUCCACCUGAUCAACAACGUCUCAUUUUUGCCGGUAAACAAUUAGAAGACGGAAGAACUUUGUCCGACUAUAACAUUCAAAAGGAAUCAACUCUCCAUCUCGUCCUUCGUCUCCGUGGUGGUAUGCAAAUCUUUGUAAAGACAUUAACCGGUAAGACCAUCACUCUUGAAGUUGAAGGAUCCGACACUAUCGAGAAUGUCAAGGCCAAGAUUCAAGACAAGGAAGGUAUUCCACCUGAUCAACAACGUCUUAUCUUUGCUGGAAAGCAAUUAGAAGACGGAAGAACUUUGUCCGACUAUAACAUUCAAAAGGAAUCAACUCUCCAUCUCGUAUUAAGAUUACGUGGUGAAAAUUUGGCGCCACUUUUGAGAAAUUAUCGUCACGAUAAUUUGUAUUAUGUGAAAUUGACUAAAGAAUCCAUGACCGAAUUUAGACUAGAGAUAAAAUUUUGUUUGUCCAAGGAAUGGUUUUGCUUCAAUGAUUCAACUUCAGGGAUUGGUCAACGGCAUGUCGUGUGGGAUAUUUGUUGGCCUAUUUGGUUCAAACCUUCUCAUCCAUCUACCACUCAACAACAAAAAUAA